CAAUAUAACCCUUUAUGCUGCGCGUGCGAAUCCCACAGAUUCUCCUUCGCUCUCCGGCUCGCAACUAAUCUUUGCGUAAAACCCUUCUUAAUUUCAGCGGGUUCUCUAUAAUUGUUUUGGAAAUUUUGCAUUUCGCAACCCCUUAUUUUUUCGGACUGAAAAAUGGCGAUGAGGGUUGCUUUGAAAUUCAGGAAAGAGUACUGUAUGCAUAGGAAUAAGGUUAAAUUCAACGAUUACUUCAGGCAUUGUUUCUGCACUAGUGCUUCAGCCGGCACUGCUAGCACUCCACCCAAAAUUCCCAAAAAAGUUCCUCAUUUUCCGAAAAAGGGUAGAUUAUUUACUGGAGCUGCUAUAGGGCUACUCAUAGGUGGAGGUGCAUAUGCAAGUACUGUAGAUGAAGCGACUUUCUGUGGCUGGCUAUUCUCUGCAACAAAACUAGUGAAUCCUUUAUUUGCAUUUCUCGACCCAGAAGUGGCCCACCGACUAGCAGUAUCUGCUGCAGCCCGUGGGUGGGUCCCGAUUGAGAAAAGGGCCGAUCCGCAAAUAUUGGAACUCAAAGUUUGGGGAAGGAGGUUUUCCAAUCCAAUUGGUCUUUCUGCUGGUUUCGACAAAAAUGCUGAGGCUGUCGAGGGCUUGCUUGGAUUAGGUUUUGGUUUUGUGGAGGUUGGGUCAGUCACUCCAGUUCCACAGGAGGGCAAUCCAAAACCUCGUAUAUUUAGAUUACGGAAGGAAGGUGCUAUCAUCAAUAGAUGUGGCUUCAAUAGUGAAGGGAUUGUUGCUGUAGCAAAGCGGCUGGGCGCCCAACAUGGUAAAAGGAAAAUGGAAACUUCGAGCAGCUCAUCUUUCACUGAAGAGGAGGUCAUUCAUGGAGGGAAAGCAGGUCCUGGUAUUCUUGGGGUUAAUUUAGGAAAGAAUAAGACGAGCGAGGAUGCUGCAGCUGAUUAUGUGCAAGGAGUUCACACUUUGUCACAGUAUGCCGAUUACUUGGUUAUCAAUAUUUCAUCCCCCAACACUCCGGGACUGCGGCAACUUCAGGGUAGAAAACAAUUAAAAGACCUUGUGAAAAAGGUUCAAGCUGCUCGUGAUGAAAUGCAAUGGGGAGAGGAAGGCCCACCACCUUUGCUUGUGAAAAUUGCUCCAGACUUGUCUAAACAGGAUCUCGAAGAUAUUGCGGCAGUCGCUCUUGCUCUUCGAGUAGAUGGAUUGAUCAUAUCAAACACAACUAUUCAGAGACCAGAUGCCGUAAGCCAAAAUCCAGUGGCUCAGGAAACUGGUGGCUUGAGUGGAAAACCACUUUUUAACUUGUCCACAAAUAUACUCAAGGACAUGUAUAGUCUUACAAAGGGAAGAAUUCCGUUGAUUGGAUGUGGAGGUGUGAGCAGUGGAGAGGAUGCUUACAAGAAAAUACGAGCAGGGGCAAUCCUUGUUCAGUUAUAUACUGCAUUUGCUUAUGGAGGACCUGCCCUAAUACCUCAGAUAAAGAAUGAACUUGCCGAAUGCUUAGAGAGAGAUGGUUUCAAGUCUAUUUACGAAGCAGUUGGAGCUGAUUGCCGAUGAUACAACUGCCCGAUUCCGGUGCAGAUUUUUACAUUACACACAUUUAUUUGCAGCCUUUUCCCAUGUACAGCUAGUUUAGGACCCGGAAGCCCUAGAUGCAAAGUUUUGAUGAGUAAUUUUUUUUUUCCUCUAAGAUUAUGUAUUGUUGAUUUGGCAAAAUGGGUUCUUUUGCUUGUUCCCCAGUUUUGAUGAGGCAUAAGAAAAAAUGUUUUGAUAUGUAAGAGUGGAAAUAUGACCAGUCUAACAAUUCAUGCUAUGAAUUUGGAAGCCUAGAAUUAUUCUUUGAUGUUGAAGUAUGAGUUUAUUUGCUUAAUUUAUGGGCCUGCAAUUUGGGCAAUGUCUUUGUCACAUAUUGCAACAGCAAACGACUCAUCACGCGG